AUGAACAAAUACUUGGUGUGCUUUGCUCUCUUUUUGGCCGUCAUCUGCUGCCUGUCCUUGACAGAGGCCGCUCCAGCUCAUGAAGAGCUGCUCGAUUGGCAUACCGCUAUUGAAAAGAUAAUUGCGGCUUAUGAAAGAAAGUAUCCCGGACCAUCGAAAAUCUACCCACCAGAGGUCGCUCACGUGGUCGAUCCCAAGAACCUGUACCUCGCUUAGUU